UGAAAUGCUGAUCCUGGGCCGCUUGGUUAUUGGCCUCUUCUGCGGCCUCUGCACAGGUUUUGUGCCCAUGUACAUCGGCGAGGUCUCUCCCACUGGCCUCCGGGGGGCCUUUGGCACUCUCAACCAGCUGGGCAUCGUCAUCGGGAUCCUGGUGGCUCAGAUCUUUGGUCUGAAAGUCAUCAUGGGGACUGAAGAGCUUUGGCCCCUGCUUUUGGGCUUCACCAUCGUUCCAGCUGUCCUGCAAAGCGCAGCCCUUCCGUUUUGCCCCGAGAGUCCUAGAUUUUUGCUCAUCAACAGAAAGGAAGAGGAGAGUGCUAGGGACAUCCUCCAGCGAUUGUGGGGCACCCAGGACGUGACUCAGGACAUCCAGGAGAUGAAAGAUGAGAGCACCAGGAUGGCACAAGAGAAGCAAGCCACGGUGCUGGAGCUCUUCAGGUCACGCAGCUACCAGCAGCCCAUUAUGAUUUCCAUCAUGCUCCAGCUGUCCCAGCAGCUGUCUGGAAUCAAUGCUGUGUUCUAUUAUUCAACUGGAAUCUUCAGAGAUGCAGGUAUUGAGGAGCCAAUCUAUGCCACCAUCGGCACGGGUGUAGUUAAUACCAUCUUCACUGUUGUCUCUCUGUUUCUGGUGGAAAGGGCAGGGAGGAGGACUCUCCAUAUGACUGGCCUUGGAGGGAUGGCUGUUUGUUCCAUCUUUAUGACCGUCUCAUUGUUACUAAAGGAUAACUAUAAUUGGAUGAGCUUUUUUUGCAUUGGGGCUACCCUGGUCUUUGUGGCCUUCUUUGAAAUUGGCCCAGGCCCCAUUCCCUGGUUUAUCGUGGCCGAACUCUUCAGCCAAGGACCCCGCCCGGCCGCGAUGGCAGUGGCUGGUUGUUCCAACUGGACCUCCAACUUCCUGGUUGGGCUCCUGUUCCCUUCAGCUGCAUUCUAUUUAGGAGCCUAUGUUUUUAUCAUCUUCACUGGCUUCCUCAUUCUCUUCUUGGUGUUCACCUUCUUCAAAGUCCCUGAGACUCGUGGCAGGACUUUUGAGGAAAUCACACGAGCCUUCGAGGGGCAGGCUCGGGAGGCUAACAGAGCUGAGAAAGGCCCCAUCGUGGAGAUGAACAGCAUCCAGCCCACGAAGGAAACUGCCACCGUCUAAGCCAUGCCUCCUUCCCGCCUCCCUCCCAACAUGGAAAAGCAACCUCUCCCCAGAUGAGGGAGGGACCUCAUCAGCUUGUAACCCAGGACUGUUUCUGAAUGCUGCUACUUGAUUCCUUUCUCAUCCCACAGAGGAACCCAGUGCAGGAGUUAGUUGUAUCUUCAAUGGCUUUCGAAACAUUUCAUUUCUUGGACAUUCUCUUCUGUUUAGGAGAGACCAAGCAAACCUACCUUCAUUUCAGGAGGCAUUGGCCACUUGCCAUCUGACAGCAUUGUCGUCUCUUCCUGCCUUGGGUUCUAAUAGGGCCUCACCAGGGCCAGUAGGGGGGGGAGUAAGAGUGAGGUGCAGUUUCCCCGACCCCCGACUUCCCAGGAAGCAGAUCUAUGAGUGUGGAGGGCAGAGAGGGAUUACGUAAGAGCACCUCCCUCGCUUCCAUACAGCUCUGUAGAGCAAAUUAACUUG